UUCCCCAUCUCACCGUGUGUGUGUUGUGUGUUUCUCCCCGCAGGACCCACAUCUGAGGAAUCUGGAGAGCCGGUUCGCCCUGCAGCAGAAGAUCGUGGAAGCGGCCAUCAAGCUGUCCAACGAGGGCGAGCUCGGGAAGACGGUGAAGAAAAAGAGAAGAAGCAACUGCCUGGACGCCAUGAGGAAGCUGGAGGAGAUCGAGAAGGAGAUCAACGCCUACCGGGUCAGGAAGGGGAGGAAGCCCACCCAGAGGGCCUCACUGAUCAUAGCAGACGACGUGAACCCCUCAGACCUCAGCUCUCUAUCGGACAGCCUCACUCUGGAUGAUGAUGAUGAGCUCAGUUCCCAGAGGCAGCGCUCCAGAUCGGUUCAGUAUUCCCCGAGACCGCACCACGCAGACACGCUGGACAUCCACUACAACAACGACAGAAGGCUCUCGGACCAGCAGCCGGACAGCAGGUACACAGAUACCUCUGACACCC